UUGUAAUAUCGGGAGAUGGUCGAUGGUGGGAGACGACAUCACUAAUGGGAUUUACUAAUCCCAACAAUAGAAUAAACACAUGACAACAGAAACAAUUUAACAAAUUAUUCUAAGGCAAGUUAAGAUCCAAACCCUACAAAGUUCUAGGGGAAUACAUGAAACACAUUGUGUAUACUACUAAGUUCUAGGGGAAAUUCUAACUUGAAAACUUGAGAUCCGGUUUCUCAAAAAUAUCUAACGGGCCAAUAUACCUGAGACUCAAUUUUCCUUUCUUCCCAAAACGCAUCACUCAUUUCCAAUGCGAUAUUUCCAACAUAAAUAAAUCAUCGGGAUUCAUCUUGAAAUGUCUCUUCUUCAAAUUUGCACAACUUCUUUGUCGGUCUUGGGCCGCUUUCAUGUGAGUUUGGACAAUCUUGAUCUUUUCAUUGGUAAUCCUUACCAAUUUUGGUCUCGUAAACUUCUUCUCACCCAUUUCUAACCAACACAUGUGUGUCCCACACUUUCUUCCAUAUAAAGCUUCAUACGAGGGCAUUCCAAUACUCGAAUGAAAACUGUUAUUGUGAGCAAAAUCUAUCAAUGUCAAGUGCUCAUCUCAUUUACCGUUGAAAUCGAUAUCCAUUAUCCAGCCGAACCCAAAAAAAAAUAAAAAUAAAAAAUAAAAUCACCUUCAUGAAUGAAUGGCCAUUGGCCACUAAAUGGGCUCUUUUUAUAUAGUGUAGUUAUAGUUAUAUCUUGAAUAAAAGAGAAAAAAGAAAAGAAAAGGUGCAACACUUUUAAAAGCGGCUGUCGUCACUGUCAACUCCCAUAGGAUCCAUACGAGAUUUAUUGGGAGCCAUCAGCGAUUACUAUCAACUCCCAUAGGAUCCAUACGAGUUUUAUUGACGACUAGCACCAAUGCAACACUGGCCACAUCCAUCAGAAAACAUCCUCCACAACAACACACCACCAUCUCCCGAUGAAUUUCACUCAUCUCCUACGAUCGUUUACGAAUACAAGCUCAGCUCCCAAAGGCAGAGCAGUUCACGCCAUGCUUAUCAAAUCUGGGGUCUUCCCAGAUGUUUAUACGUACAACCAUCUAAUCACAAUGUACUGUAAAACAAACCGUAUUAAUGAUGCGCGCCUGGUGUUCGAUAAAAUGCCUCAAAGAAACCUUAUUUCUUGGACGACUUUAAUUUCGUCUUAUUCUCAUAUGGGUUUCUCGGAUGAAGCUUUGGAUUGUUUUAGAUCAAUGGUAGCUGAUGGUUUUACUCCGAAUCACUACACCUACGUCAGUGCUUUAUCUGCCUGUGCUAACUUAGGGGUUUUGAUCACAGGUAAAGAAAUUCACGCAAUGAUUAUAAAGUUAGAGAACAAAUUAAACAGUUUUGUAGAAAACUCUUUGGUUAAUUUCUACGGAAAAUGUGGGAUGCUGAAGAAUGCAAUGUCUAUUUUUAAUGAAAUUUUGGACCCAAACGAGGUUUCUUGGACUUCACUCGUUUCAUGUGCUUGUCAAUGUGGAGAAUACUUAGAAGGAUUAAAGAUUUUCUCCAAAUCCCACAAAGCAGCAGUAAAGAUCAAUGAAUUUGCAUGUGCAACUGUUCUUGGUGCUUCUGCUGCUGUAGAAAACAUGAAUCUUGGCAUUCAACUCCAUUCAUACACAAUAAAAUGUGGAAUCAGAAUGGACCAAUUUGUCAUCACUGGAUUAGUUAACAUGUAUGCUAAAUGUGGUCAACUAGAAAUGGCUCUACAAGCUUUUCAUGAAGUCAACAACCCUCAUUUAACCACAUACACUGCACUCAUCCAGGGUUUUGUCCAACAAGGCAAAGGUAAAGAAGCCACUAAUCUUUUCCUUAAAUUACAUUCUUCAAAUCACAAACCAAACGAAAGAACAUUUGCAACUAUUCUUGGAGCUUUCAUUGACACAAAAGAAAUCAAAAUCGGGACACAACUCCACUCGUUAAUUACAAAACUCGGUUACAUUUCCUUCACCUUUGUCGGGAAUUCACUUAUCGACUUCUAUUCCAAAAACGCCCUUCUCCAAGAAUCUUUAAAGAUUUUCCAAGAAAUGACUCAACACGAUGUUGUCACAUGGAACACACUCAUUUCUGGACAUAUGAAUUUAAAUUGUCACGAAGAAGCUUUACAGCUUCUUCGUGACAUGUUGUUCAAAGGAUUUGAACUCAAUCUUUACUCUUAUUCAAGCAUUUUAAACAUAUGUGGCGAUCUGCCAGCUGUCGAGUGGGGGAAACAGACACAUGGAUGCAUCGUGAAGCACAGAUUUGAUUCAAAUGUUGUGGUUGGAAGUGCCCUUAUUGAUAUGUACGCGAAAUGCGGACGAUUAUCGAAUGCGCGUGUAAUUUUCGAUAAAUUUAAUUCGAAAAACAUCGUUUCGUGGAAUACAAUGAUAAAUGGAUACGCGCAUCAUGGUCAUGGUAAAGAAAGUUUAGAAAUUUAUGAUAUGAUGUUGAAUUGUGGAGUGAAACCUAAUAGUGUGACAUUUAUUGGUGUUUUAUCUGCUUGUGGUCAUUCCGGGCUUCUAGAAGAAGGGUUACACCAUUUCCGUUGUAUGAAAAAUUACGAUCUUACCCCUGGAACCGAUCAUUUAGCGUGUAUGGUUAAUUUGUUUUCGCGUAAAGGGCAAACGAAGUUGGCGUUGGAUUUUAUAAAUAGUUUUGAUAUUAAACCGGAUAAGGUGGUGUGGAGGUGUCUUUUAUCGGGUUGUAGAAUAAAUAAAGAUUUUGAAUUGGGAAAAUAUGCUGCUGAGAAAAUUCUUAGUAUUGAUCCGGAUGAUGUUUCAGCGCAUAUCAUGUUGUCGAAUAUUUAUGGUGAGUUAAAUAUGUGGCAUGAAAUUGCGAAAGUUAGGAAAGUUAUGAAAGAUAAGGUAUUGAAAAAGGACACGGGGUAUAGUUGGAUUGAGGUGAAGAAGAAAACGUAUUUGUUUUCUUCGGGGCAGGAUGGUAAUUUUGAAGCGGAGUGUGUAUCGGAAGUUUUGAAUGUAUUAAAUGAGCAAUUGUUUGAUGAAGGAUAUGUGCCUGGUGGCAUGUUAUAAGAGCUUUUAUUUGUUAUGUAGGACAAUACAAGACAUAUCCAGUUGUACUGAUUUUGACAUGCAUUGAAUUCAAAAUGAGGCCAAUGUAAAUUUUUUCCACAUUUAUGCAAGGUAAUAUUUUGUAUGUGCCUAUGCAUAGGCACAUCUCAUUGUCA